AUGGAGCCCAUCGGCACCCUCCUGCUCUCCAUUCUCGUCGAGUACGUCGAGAGCACCCUGUGCUUCCUGCUGUGCUUAGUAGGCUCUGGCUUCAUAACAGCCAUCAUGUACCACAUGCUGGACUCGUUGUUCGACCUGACGCCAAUAUCUUACGCGCAAAUAACUCUUGGCUUCUUCCUUGUCGCUAUCCUGUACUUGUUCUCCAUCAUCAUGUUUCUGUGGUUCAAGCUGGACACGCUUGAGCGGCAGAUGAGCCAGCUGCAGCUGCAGCUUAAGAAGAACGAGGAGAAAAAGAAGAAGCAGGAGGAGAAGAAGGAGCGUGAUGUGCUCGGCCCGUCACUUUAG